CUCUAUUAAUCUAAAAUGGGGGACAUAUUAACUUAUUUAGAUACGCUUGAUUAUAAGCAGUGUGUCUUGGUCUUUUCUUGUAUUGUAUAUGUGUUUGAGCAAUAUCUCAAUUAUCGUCAGCAUUGCCGCUAUUUGAUGCGUAAUCGACCUAGUGAAUUAGCUGAUAUUGUUACUGAAGCUGACUUUAAGAAAGCACAAGCCUAUAACUUGGAUAAAUCUAGUUUUGGUUUUGUUGAAGGUCUUUAUAAACAAGUUGAAACUAUCUUGAUGCUCCAUUAUGAUGCACUUCCAAAGAUUUGGGAUUUGUCUGGUCAAAUUUUGUACAAAUUGACAGGGUAUACAACUGAUUAUGAGAUUCUUCAAUCACUUGUCUUUUUGACAGUCUUUACUUUAAUCUCAACAAUUACUUCAUUACCUUUCAGUCUUUACUCUACUUUUGUUGUCGAACAACGUCAUGGCUUUAAUAAUCAAACAUUGGGCUUGUACUUUGCUGAUCUUUUGAAAUCACAACUCGUUAUGGCAGUCCUUUUACUUCCUUUUAUGUCAGCUUUCUUAUGGAUUAUUAAGACAACAGGGGAUAAGUUUUAUUUUUACGUCUGGUUAAUUGUAGUUGUAUUCCAACUUUUGAUCAUCACUAUUUAUCCUACUUUUAUUCAACCUCUGUUUAACAAAUUAACACCCAUGGAAGCAGGAGAAUUAAGAAGUCGUAUUGAAGAAUUAGCAGCACGUAUCAAGUUCCCGCUUAAAAAGUUAUAUAUCAUUGAUGGAUCAAAGCGAUCCUCUCAUUCAAAUGCUUAUUUUUAUGGUUUUGGCAAAAAUAAGCAUAUCGUUCUUUAUGAUACCUUAAUUGAUCAUUCAAAUACAGAUGAAAUCUGUGCUGUCUUGGCCCAUGAAUUAGGCCAUUGGAAGAUGGGACAUACUCUUAAACUUUUGGCAGUGAAUCAAGUUUAUUUACUUUCCAUCUUUUGGCUCUUUUCCUUUUUUAUUCAUAAUCGACAACUCUAUCAAGAUUUCGGUUUUAGUACCAUGCCUACCUUAAUUGGCUUCUUAUUGUUUCAAUUUAUUUAUUCACCUGUUGAAAGCGUCAUUGGUUUCUUGCAACAUGUCUAUCAACGUAAAAAUGAAUAUGAAGCAGAUGCAUAUGCUUUGAAGUUAGGCUAUGCUUCUACCUUGCGUAGUGCGUUAAUUAAAUUGAGUAUCAAGAAUUUGGGUGGAUUUAAUGUAGAUCCUUGGUAUUCUGCUUGGAAUCAUUCUCAUCCUAGUUUAGUAGAAAGAUUAAAUGCUUUAGGAGUUAAGCCUACUUCUGAUACACCCAUUGUUGUUGAAGACAAGAAGAAGGAAUAAAUGUAUCUAUCCAAUAGAAUUUAUGUAAAUCUCAAUCUAAAUCAAAAUGAAAUAAAUCAUCGUGAUAUAUGAUUAUCGAUCUAUAAGCCAAUCAGAUAAUCUAUGAGUAAUAAGCGGAGUUUGUUUUAAAAAGGAA